GAGAAGGACAGCGAGAAAGACAGUGAGAAGGAGAGCGGACAGGAUGAUCUCACUGGCGACGAGAAGGACGGCGCGGCUAAGAAAGAAGGCGAGGGUGGAGAGGCGCCGAAGGAGAAGCCAAAAGAAGAGGCCGUGGAAGUCCCCGAGGUCGACCUCGGCACAAUGGAUCAGUGCGACAUGAUCCGCAGCUGGGUUCGAAAGUCGCUAAAGGCCUGGGAGAAGGAGCUGGCAGACCUGCCCGAUGAGGAAAAGAAGAAGCCCUCCACCAAGACGGCAGUCGCUGCGCAUCGCCAAGUACGCCGAGAUGUGCGGCCUCUCCAAAAACGCCUGCGAAUGUAUCGCAUGGAGGAGUGGCUUCUUGACAAGAUCUACAACAUCGUGAAGAAAGCCGACGACCGUGAGUAUCGUGAGGCGGCCGAAGCAUACCUGGACUUGACGAUUGGUAAGGCCGCGUGGCCAGUGGGAAUCGGCUGUGGCGGUUCCAUGCUCAUGGAGGAUGCCAUCGGCCUGCACGACCGGUUCAACCGGAAUGCGCAAGUCAAGGACGUGGCCUACGCUCUCAAUGACGAGGUUACUCGCAAGUUCGUGCAG